AUGAGUCCUGAAGAUGCAUUAAACUCAAUUCUUGAAUUAGAAAAUUAUUAUACAGGACUGAAAAAUAACAUAAAUGGUUCACCAUCAGAAAUGGUUGAUAAAGCGUGGCAUGCACAUAUAUUAAAUACAAAGAUGUAUUUUCGCUUCUCUGAAGCAGCAUUUGGUCGAUAUUUUCAUCAUGUACCAUUUUGGUCUGGUAAUAUGGAAAUGGAAGCACAGUUUGAUAACAGUAUGUCAAUGUUUGAAAGAUUAAAUGCAUUAGGUGUUGAGAAUAUGAAUGAAACUGUCUGGAUGUAUCAAUCGAAAAAAAUGACAAACGAUUGCUCGUUACACUAA